UGUGUGAUACUCGCGGGCAUCGGCCGGAGCGCACCACCGGUAGGCGGCCACGAGCUCUCGAGCGGCGGCGGUGCAAGUGUGCAACGGACCCGACGGAGAUUUUUGUCGUUCCGCAUUCGCAUUCACGUACGACUACUACGACUUCGUACGGCUGAACACCCCUCUCCACCGCGUACCCCACCAUCGUUUUGCGGCCCGUGGCGUGUGUGUGUGCGGGAGCGCGCGCGCGCGCGUUGGUGUGAGUAGUUUGUGUGUUGGUGUGUGGGUGUGUGACUAAGUUUGUGUGUGUGUCGACCGUCGGUGUGCUUUUGUGUGGUCGGCCUGUCGUACGACAAUAAUUAUUAUAUCGCGACGAUAAUAAUAAUGUGAUGUGCGCGCGGGCGACCUAGUUUCGCGUUACGUACACUUAUGUGCCGCCGUCGGUUAAACGACCGUUGUCGUCGCCCAGGUGACUGAUACCCGUCCGACACCAUAACACACAAACUAUAAUAAUAAAUAAUAAUUGCAAUACCUAAUGUAUAAAUAAUAUUUCACGGACCGACCACCACCACCACCACCGCUGGCGCCUGGCCGGUUAGUAGUUAAAAAACUACCACCACUGAGGUACCACACACCACACACCACACUCCCCCGGACUCUUUGGUCGGACGGUUUUGUUUUUUUUCGAUUAUUUCGUUCGACCCGACGGGAACCCAACCGUGGCGACAAUAAUUUACAUCACGACGUCGCAGGAUCGUCGUUGUCCAAUUAGCCGUGGUCGUCAUGUCCGACGAACGCCGCGGCCGCUGCCGUGGCUGCGAUGACGACGGCCACCACGGUGACCGCGGUUGUUACGUGUCUUACGAGAUCGCGGCCGUCGCGACUGCUGCGAACGCGACUGCCGUGAAAACUGACAAGUGAUAAUGGUUUCCACCGAGUCUAGGUUGCCGACCGUCGUGGCCUAGGUUGUUGGUGUGGUGUUGAAUCGGUUGUUGUCGUUGUCGUCGUCGUCGUCGUCGCCGCCGCCGCCGAUUGUGGUGGUUGUCCGACACGUCGUUCGGCUCUCACCCGCGGUAUCGUAUUAUAUUGCGAUUUCCAUCAAAUCGCCAGUCAACCGUCGAGUUUCGUUGGCACGGACGCCCGUCUUGUCCGUGUUCGAAUCGCGUGUGAACUACCCUCCGCGCACGAUGGCCGACUUGGAAGCCGUGCUGGCCGACGUCAGCUACCUGAUGGCCAUGGAGAAGAGCAAGUGCACGCCGGCGGCCAGAGCCAGCAAGAAAAUCGUCUUGCCUGACCCCAGUGUUCGAAGUGUAAUGCACAAAUACCUGGAAAAAAAAGAAGAAGUUAAUUUUGAUAAAAUCUUCAAUCAAGUUUUAGGUUACUUGUUAUUCAAAGAUUUCUGUGAACAUCUACCUGAAGAUGAGCAAAUACCUGAAAUUAACUUUUAUGAUGAGAUCAAAAGGUAUGAAAAAUUAGAAUCAGUUGACGAAAGAAGAAAAUUAGCCAGGGAUAUUUAUGAUAAUUAUAUUAUGAAAGAACUUUUAUCACAUACUCAUAAUUAUCCCAAAGAUGCAGUCGCUCAUGUUCAAAAAUAUUUGAUGAAAAAUGAAGUGCCUGUUAAUUUAUUUGAACCUUAUAUUAAAGUAAUAUUCAAUCAUCUUCGGGAAGAACCUUUUAAAAAAUUUCUAGAAAGUGAUAAAUAUACUAGAUUUUGUCAAUGGAAAAAUUUAGAACUUAAUAUUUCGUUGACCAUGAACGAUUUUAGCGUUCACCGUAUAAUUGGUAGAGGUGGUUUUGGGGAAGUUUAUGGUUGUCGAAAAGCUGAUACUGGCAAGAUGUAUGCGAUGAAAUGUCUUGAUAAAAAACGAAUAAAAAUGAAACAAGGUGAAACACUUGCCUUAAAUGAACGUAUUAUGUUGUCUCUAGUCAGUACAGGGGUGGACUGUCCUUUUAUUGUCUGUAUGACGUAUGCAUUUCAUACACCUGAUAAGCUUUGUUUCAUAUUAGACCUAAUGCAUGGUGGUGAUUUACAUUAUCAUUUAGCACAGCAUGGGGUAUUUAAUGAACUUGAUAUGAAGUUCUAUGCUGCUGAAGUAAUUUUAGGCUUAGAGCAUAUGCACCGACGAUUUAUUGUCUACAGGGACUUAAAACCUGCCAACAUACUAUUAGAUGAGUAUGGACAUGUACGAAUAUCAGAUUUAGGUUUAGCGUGCGAUUUUUCUAAAAAGAAACCACAUGCUAGCGUGGGUACGCAUGGUUAUAUGGCACCAGAAGUGUUAUCAAAGGGAACAGCUUAUGAUUCAAGUGCAGAUUGGUUUUCUUUUGGUUGUAUGUUAUACAAACUACUUAAGGGUCACAGUCCAUUUAGACAACAUAAAACCAAGGACAAACACGAGAUUGAUCGAAUGACUCUAACAAUGUUUAUGUUGCAGAAUGUAGAACUUCCAGAUUCUUUUUCAAAAAGUUUAAAAGAUCUUUUAGAAGGACUUUUACAACGUGAUAUAAAUGAAAGAAUUGGGUGUCGAGGAAGGGGGUCAGAUGAAUUGAAAGAACAUCCUUUUUUUGCGGGACUUGAUUGGCAACAAGUAUACAUGCAAAAAUAUACACCGCCUCUUAUACCUCCUAGAGGAGAAGUUAAUGCUGCCGAUGCAUUUGAUAUUGGUUCAUUUGAUGAAGAAGAUACAAAAGGCAUCAAAUUAACUGAUGCUGAUCAAGAACUAUAUAAGAACUUUUCUAUAACUAUAUCUGAAAGAUGGCAAAAUGAAGUUGCUGAAACAGUAUUUGAAACAGUAAAUUCUGAGGCUGAUAAAGCUGAUCAAAAAAGAAAGUCUAGGCAAAAAAAAUUCAAUGAGCACAAUGAAGAAGAAUCCGACUGCAUUCUUCAUGGAUAUAUUAAAAAAUUAGGUGGACCAUUUGCAUCUGCAUGGCAAACAAGGUAUGCUAAACUGUACCCUAACCGGUUGGAGUUGCAUUCAGAUUCAGGAUCAGUAAAAACUGAAGUUAUCACUUUAGACCAAGUAUUAGAAGUCAGUCCUGAGUUAGUAAUAGUUAAAAAUGAGCAAUGCAUUGUAUUACGUAUGAAAGAUGGAAAAGAUGGCAAACUAGUUCUUACCAACAGUGAUGAAAUUGGUUUAAAAGAGUGGGCAUUGUCGUUACGCUCUACCCAUAAAUCCACACAUGAUCUGUUAAAAAAAUUGAAAAAACCAGGAAAAAUGUUCAUUCAAGAAGAAACUGAUCCACUAUCAUCUACUACAAACACCAACGGAAAUUAGUUACAUAAUAAGGUAUUAGGUUAAAAAAAUCUCUUUGAUGAAUCUCAAUACUUCUCUUUGAAUUAAUUUAAAUGUUCUGCUUUAUCCAUAACCUUCCCCAGUUCCCAGUUUUUGUCGACUUUUUACCCAAGUUUUAUUUGCUAAGGUUAGUGUAACACUACUAUAUAAGACUGUGGUGUUUCAUUAUUUCUUGUUAUUGUAUUGAGAAUGGAUAGUAUAGAUCAAUGUUAUAAAAUACUAUUUUUUAUACAUUUUAUAAUUUUUUAGUACAAUUUUUUCUAAUACAUACAUUUUUGUGCAUAAGACCAUACUUAUUAAAGGAGUUCAUGACAUAUGAAAUUAUUUCUAAUAUUUGGUGCCAUAAAAUCUAUAAUUUCAAUCUACAAUCAUGUAUUGUAUUUUCUAUUGUACAUAUUUAUUUUAUUAUUUUUGUUUAUUCGUGCCAGUAAAUAAUUUUAGUCAAGUAUUGUGAAUCUGUUACAGGUUGUUAAUGACUGUAUAUUUCCAUGCAUCAAUUUAAAUUACAUUUUUCAAAUUUAAAACUUAAACAAAAGAAAAAUUAUUUGCAUGCAAUAUCUUAAGUAUGUGUAAGAUAAUAUUAUAUUUUACUGUUUGAAUUUUUUAUUUAAAGUUAUUGUCGUUUAUGCAAUAAAUGAUAUUUCUUGUUACUUUUUCAAUUCUAAAAUGUUUAAAAAAUAACAAAAACUAAGGUAAUUCAUUGAUUAUAAUAUUAUAUAGAUUUCAUCAUUUUAUAUUAAUUAUUGAAUAAUCAAGAAGAAAUAUUGACGAUUCUUUGAUUUUGAAAAAGAGAGGGAAGUUUUUGUGUUAAAUAUGAUUCUCGAACAUUGGUAUAUUUUGUAGCUUGAAUUUAAUGAAAAUCAUAUUAUAUGUUGUAAAUUGACAACCUUGCAGAUAUUUUCAGUUGUAAAUAUUGUCCGUUUAGUUUUAAUUUCACUGAAACCAAUUGAAGCUAAAUUUCUAAAGUAGAUAAAUGGUUAGCAAUU